UGAUGUCAGUGCUCCUUCAACAAUUUUUUCAGCUGGCAACUACGGCUACCCUCAAUCUGGCGAUGGCGGCUGCGUCGUCAGCUCCUCCCGAAGAUGUGAACCUGCUCUAUCCAGUGCUCAUGUCGUCCACGGCCAUCGUCAACAUUUUAAAAGAGGUCCUAUUUUCUCUAUCCUGCAAAGAUGGAAAGUCACAGUGCGUUUCAGAAAUGUCAUCUCCAACGAAAAUACACGGGCUGCCUUCCCUCGCGGUACGUGAAACACCCACGGCUCGAGGAACUAGACAAAGAAGCACUGGUGCAGCUGUAUGAGAAGACGGUGCUGCCACUGCCGCAGCGGAAGUAUCGGGACACCCGGUCGGGACGAGCCCUGUCUGCUCUGCGGAAGCACGCUGACAGUCGCAGCAAGCGGAAGGCUUCCCGGGAUUUCUCCUCUGAUUCAACCACCACAAAGCUACGCGCAGGCAACCGCAGUCAUAACGAUGGCAAGGGGCCACAGCGGCCGAGUGAACCUCCUCACACAAAGAGUGGCCGACAAUCCAGUGGGGGUGAAUGGGGUUCCUGGGACGAGGAGUCUAAAUCUACCAAGAGGAGCAUCACAAAUAGGUGUCUUGGCGAGGGACCUCCUAGGAAAAAGCAUCGGACGCCAAUCACAUGGCCAUGACUGGUGUUGAAUGGCAAGCCAGGCUACAUCAUUAGUGUCAUAAGUAUGCACAGGGUUCCUCUCCUUCAUGAAAGGGGGGGGGGGGGGCAAAGGUUUGUCUGUCGCAGCACCACCCCCCCUCGCUAUCAUGUCAAUGUGUGGCUGACAGCGCUGCACCUCUUGGUCCCCUGUGCCUAUGGCCAUUGUCUUGCUUGUGCCUUUUGGUUUCCAUGGCAAAGAGGCACACCAUUUCACAAAAUGCACAUCUAGCUGAGCCACCAAAAUGUUGUUCUGAGGUGGCUUUUGACAAUGCACUUAAGGUCAAAAAUUUGCAUUUCAUCUAAAAUAAGCUGUUACUGCUUGUUAUAUAAAAUGAUGUCGACUGGGAAAAUUUUUCUUCAAUGAGACUGCUCUAUUUAAGGAGAGGUCGCCAUAAACAAGGCAUUGCAAUUCACAUGAGAUAAAACAGAGAGCAGUGCAUUUUAGUUCAUGUACUUAGCCAAUGGACCGCCAUGUAAAAUUUUGCUUCAAGUGAGUAUUUGAGCAACGAUAGUCAUACAAAAAUUGCUCUUAUUUUCACAAUGUAUUGUAAGACCAUGGUGUAGGCUGACAAUAAAAGUUUUUGCACAUUCAGCUUGAA